AUGCAGGAUGAUGUUGGCGUUGGAGAUAUGGCUGAAAUUGGUCCUAACCCCGGUAAUCCUGAAAUUGUUGAAAAGGGUCCCCUUCGAACGGCUUACUCUUUUGCAGCGAGGAGUGCCGAGGGAAGUGAAUCAGAUCAAACUAUCCCCGACCAGCAUCGUCUGUUAAAAUUAUCAACUGAUGCUGUGACCAGGAUCAGGAUUAAGGUUCCAUGGCCUGAUUCCUUCGAAGAUGGUGAUAUGCGGACAUUCCUGAAGGAGUUCACGGACGUCACACAGCUGGUGGGAAGUCGGUCAGACCAGGGUAAGUUAACGGCCGUCCGAGCUCUUCUCAACGGCCGAUCGCGAGCGGUGUUAGAUGUGGAGCGAAGAGGAGAUGGAGUGGGCCGCCGCAAAGGACGCCUUGAUCGCGGGAUUCGACACCCCGGCCAACCGCUGGCGGGCGUUGUGGAGCUUCAGGACGGAGCAGCUCCGAGUUGA